AUGUUAGACUAAAGUGAGGCCUAUAAAAUUGAAGAUAAACUAUUACUAACUAAAUAAGUCAAUACUAGUGGAAAUGCUUUUUAAUCAAUGAGAGCUAAAAUAAAGCCAUUCAAAACAAGAAACAAUAUCAAUAACUUGCUCCAAUUCAUUAUCACAUCAUAAAAGAUGUUUCUCGAAAAGAAUAUUAUUAUGUCAUAGAAAACUGGACAAGUUUGGGGAAAAGUAAACAAAUCUAAAUUCGCCAGAUUGAAGAGAAAAUUGACCAGAAAAUGGAGAGAAAUUAAGAAAUCAAAAAUUGCUUAGAAAAUAACUAAAUCAAUUAAACUGAUUCCAAUAAUCAAUCCAAACAAUGAAUUCAAAUUAAUAUGGGAUAUCUUUCUUGCAUUUAUCAGAUUCUACCUUUUGUUUGCUAUACCGUAUGAGACAGCUUUCAAUAACAAACUGCUUUACAAUUAACUCUUAUGGACAUUGCAGGUGUCCACAUCUUUAUUGAUCUUUGAUAUUUUAUUGAACUUUAUCACAUCUUUUUAUGAGAAAGGAUAUUUAAUAACGAAUCAUUAUAAAGUAGCUCGUAAUUACAUAAGGAAUGGUUUCAUAUAUGAUAUUUUUUGUGUUGUGACAUUAGUUCUAGUUCUUGCACAAGAAAUAAGUGAAUAAAACAAUUAUAUCGAUUAUAAAAACUAGUCACUUCGAGAGUAUAACUAUGUGAGGAGUGUGAUUAGUAUUUUAGGAAUCAUUAUCUAAUUAUAAAAUAUAAUUCGAGUCUUUUAGAGACUAUAAAACAGCUAGGAUUAUUCAGAGACUACUUCAUUACUAUUAGAUCUGAUUAAACUUGUGAUGUUUCUCUUCUUACUGGAACAUUUAUUUAGUUGCAUAUGGUAUUUUGUUGGAAUUUAAGAAAUUGCUUAAGAUUCAUGGAUAAAGUCGAAUGGAUUGACUGAUGCCCCCUACACUGAUUAAUAUAUCACAGCAUUUUAUUUUUCAUCAGUUACUAUGUUUACUGUAGGAUACGGAGAUGUUGUUCCAAAAAAUAUCUACGAAAGAUUAGUGACCAUAGGAUUUAUGGUUUGCUCAACUUUACAAUUGUCAUAUACAGUGUCAGCAAUCUGGAAUGUUUAUUCGAAAUUGAAUGAAAAAAGUGAGGAUCACAUUCGCAAAAUGAGAGCCAUUAAUACUUAUAUGAAGAGUGUGAAUAUUUCUAAUCAACUCAAAUAUGAAAUAAGAGAAUAUUUAACAUUUUAUUGGAAAGAACAAAAAUUGGAGGAAAACUUAGAAGUUAAGGAUAUAAUAGGUUAAUUAUCUCAAGAUCUUUAAGAAAACCUCAUCUUUGAGGCCAACUCUAUAAUAGUCAAAGGUUGUAAAUUAUUUAAUGACUACUUUUCUCAUGAAUUUAAAGCCGAAUGUUUGAAGCACGUUUAAUCAAUAACACUUACUCCUUGUAAAACUGUUCCAUUUGAUUAACCUUGUUUGUUCUUCAUAGAAAGAGGAUCUAUAGGAACAUAUUUUAGAAAUAAUAGACUCAGAUUAGCCACCCUCUAGGCAGGUGAUAACUUUGGAUUAAGAGAGUUUAUGUUUGAUGAUAUUCCAUCAUUAAGGUAUACGUCUGUUGCAUUCAGUAAAUUGGUUUUCAUCACUAAAAAAGACUUUAUGAAAGUACUUUCACAAUACUCAGAAGAUCAUGAAUAAUAUUGUUAAUUGAAAGAAUAACUUAUCUUUAACAAAUCAUAUUUUGGCAUGGAUUGCUACUCCUGUAAAAGUCUUUAACAUACUAUUUAAUAAUGUCCUUUGCUCACAUUUAAUCCAGACAAAGAUGCAGUCAUCAAGAAACAUCAAUAUCCUUAAUAAUAAAAUAGAAAGUUUUAUAAAAGAAAGCAUGAAAGAAAAAGAAGAGCUGUUUUUAAAGAACUUAAAUAAAAUGAUAAUUUGGAUAAGAUUUAGUUGACUAUUCCAACAAUAGAAUCAUCAGAUUCUUCUGAAUUCGAAAUGAAAGAAUCAUGGAAAGCUACUCAUUCAAAUUACUUUUAAUAAAUGCAAAACAUGACAAAAAAAUAAUUUUCUAAUAGGUAAGCCUUAAAUAUCAAGUAAAUACGAUAAAAAUUACAUCAUCCAAACUAGAUUAAUUAGCCAUUGGAACUACACACUCUUAGAGAAUUUGAUGAUGAUAAUUUGAGAGAAAGUGAUAAAAUAUUAUUAGGAGACUUAAGGUUAAAAUUGAAUUAAAGAGCUAAUUUAGAAAUAGAUUGUAUUAAGAAUUUCAAGUAUUAUUAUCCACAAUUCAAUUCGGCCUGGCUAUUCAAAACCACAAAAAUAAACUUAAAAUUCUUUGAAUAGUGGAAGUAAUUAAGUCUCUUUCUAACAUUUCCUUAUGAAUUUAUAAAGAAAUACCGCCAAUAUAUCCUUAGAGAUAAUCAAAUAAUAAGUCCGUAGAAGGAGGCCGAAAACCAUAAGAAAAAAAAGAGGGCAACUGCAUUAUAUUUUAAACCAAUUUCAGCGAAAUGA